AUUAAAUACGUUAAAUUAAUAUCGCAACGGCAACAUUGCUCCGAAACAAUCUCUUGUGGGUCAGAUUGCAACAUCAAUUCUCAAUCCAGUCAGUUUCAUAAGACCUCGUUUUGUUUGCAAGUAAUGUUUUGUUUCAUUCUGUUCGCGAAUAGGAGGUUGAAUUAAAAUUUUUUUAUUUCAUCUUUAUUAUUGUUGUGACCUUUUUAUGUCUUUAUGUUUGUUCGAAACAACAUCAUAAAAUGUAUUUAGGAAAGAGACGGUCUUAGGAACGAUCUAUUUGAUUGGGUUAUGGUGAAAUUUGUGUAAUUCAGUCAUGCCCAGGAUGCUCCAAUGUAUCUUCUAUGAACAUCCUUCACAUCAAUCUCGUUUAUUAGAAGGACUUAACUCUUUGCGAAACAAAGGUGAACUACUUGAUAUCACUCUAGUCAUUGAAGGAUGUGCUUUCCAAGCCCACAAAGCAGUAUUAGCAGCAUGCAGCGAUUACUUCAGAGCCAUGUUCACAGACAAUAUGUUGGAAGCCACCCAGAAUGAAAUUUGUCUAAACGGAAUCACUGCAAAAGGUUUUCAUCAACUUCUAGAUUAUGCUUACACCACACGCCUAACCUUAAACUUAGCCAAUGUUCAGGAUGUUUUGGAAGCAGCAUCACAUGUUCAAAUGGUUGCUGUCAUACAGGCUUGCUCGUCAUAUCUACAGACUCAAAUAGAUAUAGACAAUUGUGUUGAUAUUGCUACAAUAGCUGAAACCUACUCUCUUACCCAGUUAAGGAUGAAAGUUUAUAGAUAUAUGAGUAGCCAUCUGCUGGAAUUUUCAAAUAGCACAGAGUUUUACAGACUGACACCCCAACAGUUGGAAAAUUUGCUUGCCUGUGAUUUUCCUGUCGAUUGUUCAGAAGCCGAUGUACUGAGGAUAGUUUUGGCUUGGUUUUUCCACGUCGACAACAACGAGUUACAUAUUCGAUUGAACUACGCCGUCCGCAUAAUCCGUUACAUCCAUUUCAUCGAAAUAUCCAGAAGGAAACUUGAUAAUAUCCUUGAUAAAAUGUUCGAGGACCGUAAAUGUGAAUGGCAACUGUACAAAAUCAUUCUUCAAGAAGUAUAUAGACAAACAACUAACGAAGAAUCUCGUUUGAAUUCCUCUCUAUUGAAUUCACGAGGAAUGGAAAUGGCAGUACUUAAAAUAGGUGGAUUCGGUAUGAGUGGCAUCACCAACGAAAUUACUUAUUGUUUCGCUUCGGAACGAAAAUGGAAACAUUUAACUUCAAUACCUCACGUUGAGCAGUGUAAUUUCGGUACAGCUGUGUUUAAUAAUGAACUAUAUAUAGUUGGGGGGUGUUUUAAUCAAAGUUUACAAGAAAAUAUUCAUCCUUUUGGUUUUAAAUACACCCCUAGAUGCAACAAAUGGUCAACAAUGGCUCCAAUGAAAAUAGAAAGAUGUCGUUUCAGUCUUAACGUCGUUGGGGAUUUAUUAUACGCUGUUGGAGGUGCGAGUGAAGCUGAUGAAUACGACAUCAGUACUUGUGAAUGUUAUAAUCCUCUGUUAGAUUCCUGGUAUAUGAUCCAACCUUUACCCAUUUAUGUUACUCAACAUGCAGGUGCCGGUUAUGAAAAUAGUUAUAAUUUAAAGCUGUUUAUAAGUGGUGGUAUCGACAGAGACAAUGUACAGAGCAAUCAUAUGUAUUGUUACAACCUAAAUUUGGAAAAAUGGCAGUUGUGUACUCCUAUGUUGAAAUCACGAGCGGAUCACGUUAUGUUGAAUAUUGGAAAAUAUUUAUAUGUAUGUGGAGGAUGGACGGAGGAUAGUGAUACGAGAGCAAGAACAUUAGUGGAUACGAUAGAUGCCUAUGACGUGGAAGAUGAUAGUUGGAAGAUAGUAACAAAAGUACCCACCCCUCGCUACCACGCCGGUAUAGUAUGUGUGGAUAAAAAAAUUUAUUUUGUGGGUGGCUUCAGCAGCGAUGAUGUCUUUGAUAAAGAUACAGCGGCGAUAGAAGUCUACGAUAUAGAUACCGGUAUAUGGACUAUUGAAGAUAAGUAUCCCCAAGAUAUUUGGGAACAUACUUGUGCCACCCUUUACAUUCCCAAAUGUCGAGAUGACAUGGAAGUAUUAGCUGCACCAGAAACGACGACGUGAUCCAAUUUUUUUAUAUAUAAUUUCCUUGUUUAAGAAAUAAAGAAUAUAUUUAUUUUGUAAA